AUGGUCGACAGGCGAAUGUCCAGCGCCAACGAGAGCAAGAUGUCCCCUACAACCCUAUUGUUGCGCAAGUUACCGAAGAGCACUACUCCGGAGUCACUGAGGACGAUGCUUUUGUUUGCAAAAGAUCUGAAGGAUGCAGACCUCGUGCCGAACGAGCUUGACGAGGACGUCGGCUUCGCGACAGCCGUUGCCCGCUUCACGUCUAUCAACAGUGCCGCGGAGGCCCGUGCGAUGCUUGAUGGCAAGCCGAACACCGCAGGACAAGGCAACAUGAUCGUCAAUGUCAUCUCUGGACCAGCCUUGAGCGCACUCGGCAGGAGGAACACCUUAGAUCCUCAGUCGGCGCGUAAGAUGACUCAAACGGUCUCUCCUGCUCCCAGUCAUCCAUCAAAGCCAUCCAGGUUCAACGGCACAUUCCAAGCCAUGGAUAAAACAUCCCCUCCUGCCGUUGGAUCUCCACCGCAGCCUUCUGACAACAUGCACAGCAUUUUUGCACCCAGUUCCCCGAAUGCGACUAUGAAGGAUCGAAGGAUGACUGGCAAGCUGAUGAUUGGCGAAGAGGGCGGCGACGAAGAUACCGGCGAUCUGAUCAAAGAUCCCCUUGCCUACAUAAAUAGCCAGCCAGUACCCCGACAGCGAGGUCCGCAACCGCCAACUGCCGCUUUCGGAGCGCUCUCCCUGAACACAGACAUGCACAAUGGCUUGAAUGGCCCUCGAAUGACUUCGCCACAAUCUGCGCACCCAUAUCAAAAUCAUGGUGCUUUCAGUCCAGCUGGCGGUCCUCGAUCUGCGUAUCCAGGUCCAACGUUCUUACGACACAAUUACCCGCCCGUCAAUCCAGCCGAUCAAAAUCCGCCGUGUAACACUCUUUACGUUGGCAACCUACCGAUCGAUACCUCCGAGGACGAACUUAAGGCACUCUUUUCCAAGCAAAGAGGUUACAAGAGACUCUGUUUCCGAACAAAGCAGAAUGGCCCAAUGUGUUUCGUGGAGUUUGAGGAUAUCUCAUUUGCUACGAAGGCAUUGAACGAGCUGUAUGGUGUGCAAUUACAUAACAGCGUCAAAGGCGGCAUCCGCCUGAGCUUUUCGAAGAAUCCUCUGGGAGUUCGAGCUGGCCAGCCCGGUAGCAACAAUCCACAUUCAACUAUGAGUGGCGCAGGUUCAAUGGGCAUUUCUUCGCCUACAGGGAUGACGCCGCCUGGAUUCUCGUCCGUGAACGGCCCACCCCCAGGCCUUGGUAUGCCGAUGGCAAUGAGCAAUGGCUCGACAAUGCCGGCACCCAUAGGAAGCCCGCCGAUCACUGGACCUUUCAUGCACCAGGGCGCUGGUACUGCUAGUCCACGCAGCGUGCAGAUGCCAUCAGGCUCUGGGCUACCUCAUUUGGGCAGCACCAUGUAUCCGGACUAUAUGAUGGGUCGAUGA